UUUAUUAGGUCAUCGUUCACGUCUGGGCAGAACUUCGCAAACAGUUUUUGAAUCUACUGGGUGUCACCGAAGUAAGCCUGGGACAUUAUGGUUGCCAGUAGUAAGCGUACAACUGGAAGUUGCUGCUUUAGCACAUCUUCAGACAAAAUGCUACCUACAAGGAGUGAAAGGAGGAGAAAUGCUCCAUUUUUUCACCAAUGCUAUGCAGAUCUCUGCAAACUUCGAAAUAUUGCACCGAAUGCUGGAGUGAAAGCACGUGCUGGAAAGAACAUGUUAGAUGUUUGUGGUGACAGACUGAAAAUGGAUGAAUGGGCACCAAUUAUAGAAGCACUGAGGCACGAUAGAAACCUUCAUUUCAUUGCAUUUCGUUGUAGAUACCCAGUUAAAUCAGUUCUGGAAGAUGUUGACACAGAAGCAAAAGCACGUGCAGUUACUAAACGCCCUGUAUUUUUGUCCAAAUUUAUAUUCCAUCUACUAAUGGAUUCUCUCGCACAAUGUUUGGCUGAAUCAACAUCAGUUACAUGCAUUGAACUUGAUGGGCUCCCAUUGACAAAAGAAUAUAUGUUUAUUCUUUGCAAAGGUAUAUCAGCUAAUACGUCACUACAAACAAUUUCUUUUUGUAACAGCCCCAUUGGGGAUGAAGGGUGUAAACAACUAUGCCUUUUGGUUAGGAACAUGCCUUCAGUUCUACAUUUGGACCUUUCAAAUUGUGAUUUAAAACCUGGAAGUGCUGUUUCACUAUCGGAAACAUUGAAGUAUCAGUCUCUUCAACGCUUUGCCGAAAGUUGGAAGCAGUCUUUGCGAUAUCGUGAGCCAAAUAUAGAAUCGAUGCCUGGCUUAAGGAGAAUUAUUUUAAAUAAUAACGUGCAUCUUGGAGAUGAAGGUGUCAACACACUCACCGACAUUUUAAAGGAAGAUUUCUGGAUAAGAGCCAUUGAUCUACAGAAUUGUGGCGUGAGUAAUAUGGGCGCUUGGAGUAUUCUAGAAACUUUAGAAAUAAAUUCCACUCUUUGCAUUGUGGAUGUGCGAGAUAACAGAUAUAUUGAUGAUGCACUUCUGCACAAAAUUAUGGUGAAACUCUUUCAUAACAAUGCCAACAAAGAUGCACAUGAGUAUAACUGGAUUAUCCCACGA